UUUCUGUCAGUACUAAUUCUUCCAUAGUCAAAACCCUCAUUUUAGGCGAAAAAAUGAACGGACAUCGGACAUGAAUUCUGGGCUCCUUCCGGCUGCUGUUGGAUGCUGCCUGCAAGCCCCUGCACUAUUGUCACAGCUAUCGUCCCUCACUUCUUCUCGGACCCUUUUACUGUAAGAAGGACUAAACCACCCCAAGUGUUAGCAGUCGUCUCUGUGUCGAGGUUUGCUCAUAGUAUUCCAGAGGUGGCUAGCUCGUUCCGGUUGUACGAUCAGAGACCUUCUUGUUACUUGUUGCCUCUUGUCUGCAGUGCUACAACUGAUUGUGAUCGUGUCAAAAGAUCUCUCUCAUCCUGGAGAACGCAAAAAUAACAUUCGCGGUGAACAGUUAUACUACCAUGGGAAGUGGAUUCGCGAUCAGGCGCCUGUUGGCCCCACUGCUGCUAGUGGGUAUCUUCAUGAUGGCAAUGGUUUCUGGGCAAGAGGUUUCAGCUGGGGGUAGCGUACCAGCACGCCCUGGCUCGGCUCCAGCCCCUGCUCCAGAACCAGCAAAUGCAACGGCAAGUCCCUCCACCGAAGCACCAGGUACUAGUCAGGCAACUGCCACCAACGGUGAUACUGAGGGAGCCGACGAAGAUGAAGAUGUGCUCGAGUUUGUGGAAGAUGAACUGAACAUGACCAUGGGUGACUUUAACAUGACCAUGGAUGACUUUAACAUGACAAAUAUGACAGCACCUACCGAAGCUCCCACAAUCCCUACCCUCCCACCCACCUCGGAAGAUGGGUGUUAUACCACUCUGGAUGCUGUGUACUAUGUUAUCAGUGAUGACGACAAGUUAUUCCAACAGAAACGAUUCGUCAUGUGUCCAGAUUCGGUCUUUGAUGUUGGCUUUUUAGUCCCUGGAAUUGGAAUUGAUAAAGGACAGGCUCCAAUUGUACCCCGAUCCAAUACCGAACUUCUCUGUGGAGAAGACGGAAAGUCAACCAACAAUUGCAUCAUCCGAGGAGGAGAUUUUGGAUUGAUUGUUGUUCCUGUUUUCUUUCGACAAGAUCUUGCUGUUAACAACGUGGUAAUUAAAGGAUUCACGUUCGUGGGGCAAGUUCAGUAUGCCGCAUUUGUCGCUUCCUCGGGAGAUAUUCGGUUUGAAGACUGUGUCUUUAGGGACUCGGCGAACUUUGGUACUUUCGUCAUGAACUUUGAUUCAACUCUGGACCUCAGCAGAAGGUUGGACGAAGAUACGUUCAAGAAUCCGUGGGAUCAUGUCUUGGAUUAUGUGGAGAGGUACCGUAGUGGUCGUUUGCCCAGAAGGCUGGCAGCUGAGGUGGAAGAUGUGGACCUGGCCCCUCAAGACGGUGUAUCGGAGUAUCAAGAAGAGCGUAAUUUGCAAGCUGACGUCUUCAGAUCAUUAAUUAAAGACUGCAGAUUCGAGAACUUGCAACAAGUGGAGCGAAAGCUUGGAGUGGAGUUUGGUAUCUUCACGGUCAAAGGACCUGAUCAUGACAUCGUCAUGGAGGAUUGCACGUUUGCCAACAACCAAUUUGGAAAUCAGGAAUUGACGCCCAUUGGUUAUGCUAUCCUGAUCCAGGGGGCUAAGAUUAAGCUCGACGGCCUCUGUUUUGUUGACAAUGAUUUCCGUGGGAACGGAGUCGUCCUGCUCGAGCAGACACCUGACCCUUGGCUUGGAGGCACGGAUGUGAUGGACGGCGUCUACGUGACAGAGGACGAUGAUGACCUGGACUGUCCAUUUGGUGCCUGGUUCGAAACCGACGCGGAUCGUCGAAACGCAACGUUUUACUGCGUGAACCCCACAGCGGACGAGUGUGGUGGUGAACACAUCGAUAUAGGGCCAAGACCCCCACUGUUCGCGCCACCAACGGAGAGCGCAUCAGCUGGUCUGUGGUCUCACUUUGCCCUCUUCCUGGGAUUGUCGUGUGCCGCACUCUUGCUAUAGGCACUCCGGUCAGUAUUGUAUUUUUCAUUAGCGAAGUUCAAGUUGGUUGGGUACAGUGAUGGUCUGUUUUAACUUUGGAGAUGAGUUGUGUGUACCGAUAGAGUCCAUUCGGUGUAUUUACGGUGUGUUUAAGAAAGCAAGUUGAGUAAUAGCAUUUCAUCAUCGAAAGUCACUACUAGCUAGUAAGUAGUGCGGUACCAAGAUUCGCAUUAGACAACGCUACAAUAGAAGCACAUACUGGUGGGCUGUGCCUCUUGCCCUAUGCUACGGUGCAUUGUUUUACGCAUCGCUGCCACUGUUGGAAAUACUGCCAGCAGAAACCUCCCGCAUAGCCGCGGAAGGGCCACCACCUUUUCGCACCGUGUGAUUGUUCCCGUACCCAAACAAUUCGUUCAUAUAUUUCGAAUCGUCAAUCUUUCCUUCGCUUCCAGUGAAUUUGGCUUUAGCCAGAGCAAAGUAUGCCGCCAUGGUCAAGAGGGAGUCACUGCCAGCUUGAUGCUCUGCUCCGAGUCGUUGGCAUCCGAGCUCAUCCGCAAUUCGUUGAAGACCUCCGUGAAAACGGUGCCCAUCCAGGAGGCUUGUCAUGUACUUGAUAUCAUAAAUACAGGGAAAGUAAACCUUCAGGUAUUCAAAGAAUGCCUUUUCGUCUGCUGGAAGGUCCACGGUGGUCAGAAGCUUCAGCAGAUAACCAUAGUCAUAUCCAGAAUGGAAUGAGACCCAUUUGACACGAUCAUCCAACACUAGACCUGACACCAUGAGGAGUUCUCCAAACACCAAUGGAUCAAUGCCCCGAGUGGCAUGAUCUUCAAAGGAAAUCCCAGAUUUGUUGAGUAGAUCAAUCGAGUCCUGAGCAAACAUGUCGCCAUUUAGAUCGAAUUUGAAGUUGAACUGCCAACAGGGACAUCCUGGACAAAAAUUUCCAUUCUCAUCGGCAAAGCUCAAUCCCAACUGGAUGAUUUUCAGCAAGUCAACAUUGACUUUGAGCGACUUGUAGUGGUAGUCGGAUGUGUAAGCUUCUGUGACUGGUUUUGCCACAACACCUGGAAAUUCCGUGUCCAUGGCCACAUAGGGAUAUUUUUCAAUGACUGAUCGAAUCACUGCCAUUUCUUCCUGAACAUUCUCGGCCCAUACG